AUGGUGGGGGCGCAAUACUCCACUGGUCCAUAUAUCUGCAUCGCCGAUCUCUUGAAUACCCAGCAAGCCUAUCCCCAGAGCCUCAUCUUCCACCGAAGAAAGAAACAGCCGAACCCUUUGAGUGCACAGGAUUAUCCGAUACUCGAAUUCGAGCUCUCUAUCUAG